GGUGACUCCUCGUCCCUGGUUAGGGCUGUGUCGCUCUUAGGAAAAGAACCGGUCAACAAAGAAGACGAAACCAUCUUGGGGGUGCUCAAGCGGAAUGGCUCGCAGUCGAGUCCGUUUUGUGUCAUCGUGGACACGAUUUGGACACGAUCCUGAUCUCCGAGAUCCCCAAUAUUUUGCAGGAUGGUGGCAGGUGCUUUGGAAAUUGGAAUUUACCAUUUGGCCACAUGUCUCAAUAUCUCGACCACAUCGCACAAUGAGGGUUUCUAACCGGGAACAAUCGCUCUGUGGCUUAUUGUUCCACGUUCUUGGAACCCCUCCACAGUAUAUAUAGAUUGCAACUCCACAUCGACUCAGGCCUUUGUCCUCCCCCCAUAUCCCACCCAGCACAUCAAGACGUAAAAAAUUACAGUAUCCGAAAAAAAAAUCAAGAAAAGAAGAAAUGGUUGUUUCCAGUAUCCAAACCUUCCUAGCUCGCCAACUCCUCCGCUAUCGUACACUCCUUUUACGACCCAUCCGACAGGUUCUUGGCCGGCCCAAGCCUCGCAUGAAGCUCGCUAACAAACCUGGUUCCGUUCACACCCUUCUACCCAAAACCCCCAAACUUUCCCGCCGAAAACGAGUCACGCCGAACGGUUACAGCUCCAAAUCCGCCGUGAUUACACCCAAACGCAAAGCCAUUUUGUUCAACCCCGACAGGCUUAGGAACAAUGGAAAAGUAGUUACUGGCCUCAAGCGUACCUCUUUCGAACCCGUACUCACCAUGUCCGUCACCGACUUUUAUCGUGCCACCGAACGCGCAAUCUCCAAAAGCCCUCGUAAAGACGUGACCAAAGAGGACAAGGCCAUUCUCGACAAACUCCGUAGGGCGACAUUCAAACAUGACAUGAUUGCUGGCGUUAAAGCCGUCGAGAAGCAGCUGGGUAAUAUUGACGUUGCCGCAAACGCUCGAUGGGCGAAAGAGCACGAGGUCAUUGCCAGACAACUGUUUGACGAGGAUCGCAAACGUGCGAGGUUGGCCGUUAUGCAGGAAGAUAGGGAAAAACGGGAAAACAAGAAGCUGAAGGAUUAUUUGGGGAGGCUCGUUCAGGCUGCUCGUCGCGGGGAGAAGCCUGACAUUCCUCCUCCUUCUACAACCGAAGUCAAUAGGUGGUCUUACUACGAGACGAAUUGGAAGGAUAUUCUUGAUGGUAAAGUGUCACCUUUGUUUGUUUUCAAGGAUUUCCCGUGGCCGACUUUGAAUCCCAACGGGUUGGAAGUGGAGGAUUAUGAGGAGUUUUUGAUUUCUCCCCUUCGACCUGGGUAUGAGAAGUUGUAUUGGAAUGAGCGGGUGGACAAGGAGCGAGUGCUCUGGGAUGCAAAACACGUUGAGGAGAAGGUGAUCCCGUUCGUGGAGGAGAGAUUCCGGGAUCAGGUUGUCAGAGGUGCUGGGGCUAUCAGAGGAUAUCUGGAUACGAUCGUCGAGAAGUAUAAUGCUCACAACUAGUAACAAGUUUACCAUCUUCAAAUUCUACUUACACUCGUUUAUAUUCUUUUCCCUAAUCAUUUCUUUCUGUGACGUUCCUUUUAUUGACUUAUCCCUGGUAAUCAUUCGCUGGCGC